AUGGCGCCCAAGAGAUCGACGUCGCCGUCCGGAAGCAGCGGCGGCGGCGUGUGCGCGGAGGCGGCGGCGGAGCAGCCGAGGCUGCGCGGCGUGCGGAAGCGGCCGUGGGGCCGGUACGCGGCGGAGAUCCGGGACCCCGUGCGGAAGGCGCGCGUGUGGCUGGGCACCUUCGACACGCCCGAGCAGGCGGCGCGGGCGUACGACGCCGCCGCGCGCAGGCUCCGCGGGCCCGGCGCCACCACCAACUACCCCCAGGCCCCGGAGCCGAUGGCGCUGGCGGAGGCUCCAGCGGCGAGCGCGAGCGCGAGCGCGAGCGGGAGCGCCGUGGUGUACGAGUCGUCGUUGUCGUCGUCGUCGUCCUCGUGCUCCCUGCUGCCGCCGCAGGAGUCGCUGGCGGCGGUGACGGUGGCGGUUGCGGCGCCGCCGGCCCCGUCGCUGGACCUCAGCCUCGCGCUGCCGGCUUUGGCGGCGGCCGCAAACACGUACCAGCUGUUCAUGGACCCGACGGCGGCCGUGACGCCGGCGCUGCUGCAGUUGCUGCCGCCGAAGAGCGAGGAGGAGCGAAGCUGCUCUGGUUUGUCGUCGUCGUCUGUUGUGUUCGACGCGGCGCCGCCCGUGGGCCUGGGGCUGGACCUCAACCUGGCGCUGCUGCCGCCGGCCGAGAUGGUCAUGUGA